GGGACUCUCUUGCCUUUGCUCUUUUGCUUUUCCCUCGUCCCACUGCUUCACUCAUAGUUUGCUCAACUCUUUUCAAAAAUCCAGAAACACCAAUCCUAACCAUGAACAUACCUGUCGGGUCUCGAUGCUUAGGUGGAUCAAGGCGAUUUUCUUCUGCUUCUAUGGUGGGUGGCCGAAGCUCUGCUCCUCCAUGCCAGCCAUAUGGAAGACCACAUGGGGCUGGUGGCUACUCCAGCAUGAGCCUGAAUAAUUUUGGGGGAAGCCAAAGAAUAUCUUACAGUCAAGGCUACGGAGGACAAAUCUAUGCGGGAGUUGGUGGACAGCGCAUAGGAAUGGGAGGACAGGCGAUGGGAAUGGGGGCUCAUGCUUACAGCGGAGGGUUUGGUGGAGGUUAUGGGGGUGCUGAGUGCCAGGGUGGAUAUGGAGGAUACGGUAGAAUGGGCAGCAUGAGUAGCAUGAGAAGCGAAGGGAUCCGGGGGGUCUCUAUUGACGAGCGCCUCUUGAAGCCGCUUUCUCUUGGAGUUGAUCCCGAGGAGCAUAAAGCACGGACACACGAGAAAGAAGAGAUGAAAAUCUUGAACAACCAGUUUGCUUGCUUCAUCGAUAAGGUUCGAUCCCUGGAGCAGCAGAACAAAGUUCUUUCUACUAAAUGGGAAUUACUGAAUCAGUAUGUUCAGCCUACCCGGAAGAACCUUGAAGCCUACUAUGGAAAUUUCAUUGGCUCACUUAAGAAACAACUGGAAUGUGUCCUAACUGAAAGAGAAAAACUGGAACAUGAACAGAAGAACAUGCAGGAACUAGUUGAGGAAUAUAGGUCUAGAUAUGAAGAUGAGGUUAAUAGGCGUACAACAGCAGAGAACGACUUUGUGGUGCUCAAAAAGGACGUUGAUUGUGUCUUCCUCACUAAAGAAGAGCUAGAAUCUAAAGUUGAUGUUUUAGCACAAGAAUUGGAAGUACUAAGGUGUAUCUUUGCAGAGGAAUUAACUCAGUUCAACCACCAAAUCUGUGACACCUCUGUGGUUCUGAAAAUGGACAAUACGCGUGCCCUGGAUAUGGACCUCAUCCUUAAGAACGUAGAAGCCUGGUAUCAGAAUAUUGCUCACACCAGCAAGCAAGAAGCUGAAGCUUUUUACCAUAGCAAGAUUGCAGAGAUUCAGAACAAUCGAGGCAAAUUCAAUGAAGAACUGAAAAACAACCAGCACGAGAUUGCAGAACUCAACAGGGUGGUCCAGAGGCUGCAAGCGGAUACUGAUAAUGCAAAGAAGCAGGUUUCCAGUCUUCAGUCAGCCAUUUGUGACUCUGAGCAACGUGGCGACAUUGCCCUAAAAGAUGCUCGAACUAAGCAUCUUGAGCUGCAGACAGCCUACCAGCAGUCAAAAGAUAAACUGGCAUGCCUGCUCCGUGAUUACCAAGAGCUGCUAAACACUAAGCUGGCUCUAGAUAUUGAAAUUGCUACCUAUAAGGCACUGCUGGAAGGAGAAGAGAGCAGGUGA